AUGCAACGAAUGGCGCUGCCACACCCCAAGUCUCGCUCGUUGGGCUUCUUGGGGGCCUCGAUGCCUCAGCGGGGCCCCAGCGGAGGGGACCCCUGUUGGCCGCCUGAAGCUAUUCCUGCCCCUGCAGUCCAGCUGGUAGAGGAGGAGCUGCGAGAGCUCGUAAGGUCGGACAUUCACCGCUUUGGCGUCGUUACGCACCAAAGGGCUCCAGACCCAGCCUGCCCCUUCCCCCCCAGAUGCAGCAAGAGGACGGAUGUACGGCUCCACUCAGCCUAUAGACCAGAAGAAGCACACCCAUGGGACCACCUGCAACCUCCCGGGGGAUUGACGCCUAGGUUUGACAAGCGCUCCUCCACAAGUAGGGACCCGAAGCCAGUAGAAACGGGACCUCAGCAGCCUACACUGGAGGACCUUUGGUUUGCAGCUGCAUACAAAGGAAUCAAGUCAACUCAAAGGCAGCGGAGGCCCCCAGCACUUCCUCUUGCAGAUUGGAGCCUCGCGGCGCCUGCGGCGCAAGUUGCAGCGCAUGUAGACGGGGCAGAGGGUGCCAUUGGGGAGCAAGCCCGACAGCUGGUGUAUCCGCUGUCUCAUCACAGAGCGGACAGUGCAGGCGUUCUUGAGCCCUUGCCAGCCCUUCACGAGGACGACUUCCUUAGGGGACCCGGUGGCCCCCCACUGAGCGAGGAGAGUAGGAAACACCUGUUGGUCUUUGGGCUCGACUACAAGGAAACCCUUAGCCCACGCAACAGGAGAGAGUGGGCCCCCAUGGAAAGGGAGAGGUGGGGACGCUCGCGCCUCCUCAGAUAUCUCAUCAAGACACAGCAAGUCGUGUUUAAUCGGGACUUGCUCAAUAGAGAGUUCAGAGAAGACUGCGACAAAUACUUAAAAAAGAACCACAACCUCAGGCGGAGGAACUCGCGCACUAGCGCAGAUAUCUCGCAAUCAGCCGCGCCACACUGGCCAGCUGCAACUACAUCCAUCCAGCAGGGGGGGCUCCAAAAAGCCUCCCGAAACAGCACUUCGGAUGAUCCCAACGGGAGGGGUCCCCAUUCGCGGGUUCCUUGUUGGUGGGGCCCGUCGCCGGUACCUAAGAGCAACGAUGGCUCCUUACGAGGGCCAGUGGCAUGGGAGGCCCCUUCAAAUUAUUAUCUCAGGGCCCCCCGUGUGUCAGUGGUUUUUAGACUGAGAAGAGGGCCCCAGCUUGAGUGUCCUCCAUUACAGCAGCGGAAGCCUGCAGAGGCGAGAGGGUUUGGGGAGACCCCAGAGAGGAGUUUGCUGCGGGUUCCGCAUGGGGCCCCCCAUGGGUCAACACAAGGGGGCCGAUGGGGGGGCCCCCACGAGACUACUGAUGGGGAGGUGGGGUGUGCAGUGAUGCAGGAACGCAGAGGCAGUGCACGGAAAGGAGACUGGAGGAAGUGGGUUAUGUGGGCAGCAGGAGGCACACGCGAAGAGGGGCAAGGACAAGCUGACAAGGCCAACGAGAACGAGGGAGAAGGAAAUACAGAGAUAGAUGAAGACAACGAGGAGGAAGAGUACAGGCGGCACCUUCCUUGGUGCUACCACUUUCAGUAUGAAAGAGACGUCGUCCCCGAACGAACUGAAAAAAAGACAAAAAAGCAAAGACCACACAGACGACCCAUGCCACAACAGUUGGAGGAUCUCAAGCUUCAUAAGGCGUGGGAGACCGAGUUAAUUCGUCUGUUUGAAGCGGCAGAAGGAGACAUGCCCUCUCUCUUCGUGGGAACGGGCAAACCAAUGCAAGUUGCUGCCGAUGCUGCUGUUGCAGAUGAUGCUGUUGUUGCUGCUGAUGCUGCUGUUGUUGGCCUGCUACCACUGAUGGUCUUGCCGCUGCUGCAGUGA